AUGUUGAACCGUGUCGCCCUCAGAUCGGCUAACAGCCUCCCAAAAAGACAAAUCGCCAGAACAGUCCUUUCCACUCGAACUUUCGCUACUACCUCAUCCAUCAUGGCCGAACAGAAAUUCAGACAAGAGAAGGACACUUUUGGUCCUCUGCAGGUACCAGCCGAGAGGUAUUGGGGUGCUCAGACUCAGCGAAGUUUGAUGAACUUUGAUAUUGGUGGACCAACCGAGCGAAUGCCCCCACCAUUGAUCAAAGCUUUCGGUGUACUCAAAAAGGCCGCUGCUCACGUGAACCAGACAUACGGUCUCCCCGCCGACGUAGCUGAGAACAUCUCCAAGGCAGCCGACGAAGUCAUCUCCGGUAAACUCAUCGAUGAAUUCCCUUUGGUCGUCUUCCAAACUGGUUCAGGUACUCAAACCAACAUGAACGUCAAUGAGGUCAUAUCCAACAGGGCUAUCGAGCUGAUGGGUGGUGAAUUGGGAAGCAAAAAACCUGUUCACCCCAAUGAUCACGUCAACAUGUCCCAGUCCUCUAAUGAUACCUUCCCCACCGCCAUGCACGUCGCUGCCGUUGUAGAGAUCAACUCGACCCUUUUGCCCGCUCUUAGAGAACUCCACGAUGCUUUGGAAGAGAAGAAGAAGUCUUUCGACCACAUUAUCAAAAUCGGUAGAACCCACUUGCAAGAUGCUACUCCCUUGACUCUCGGUCAAGAGUUCAGUGGAUACGUCGCUCAAGUUGCCAAAGGUAUCGAGCGAGUAGAAGGUACCAUCAAGAAUUUGAGUCAACUCGCUCAAGGUGGUACUGCCGUCGGAACCGGUCUUAACACCAAAGCUGGAUUCGAUGAGAAAGUAGCUGCUGAGAUCUCCAAGAUCACCGGAUACCAAUUCGUCACUGCCCCUAACAAGUUCGAGGCCCUCGCUGCUCACGAUGCCAUCGUAGAAGCUUCCGGUGCCCUCAACACCGUCGCUGUAUCUCUCAUGAAGAUCGCCAACGAUAUCAGAUACCUCGGUUCAGGUCCUAGAUGUGGUCUUGGUGAAUUGGAAUUACCAGAGAAUGAACCUGGAUCAUCUAUCAUGCCUGGAAAAGUCAACCCAACUCAAUGUGAAGCACUUACGAUGGUAGCUGCUCAAGUUAUGGGUAACAACACUACCAUCUCCGUUGCGGGAUCAUACGGUCAAUUCGAAUUGAACGUCUUCAAACCUGUCCUCAUCAAGAACUUACUUCAAUCGAUCAGAUUGUUAGCUGACGGUUCGAGGUCAUUCACCAAGAACUGUGUGGUGGGUAUCAAAGCUAAUGAGGAGAAGAUCAAGAAGAUCAUGAAUGAAUCUUUGAUGCUUGCUACUUGCUUAAACUCUGUUCUCGGUUAUGAUGAUGUCGCUGCUAUCGCCAAGAACGCGCACAAGAAAGGAAUCACUCUCAAGGAAUCAGCUCUUGAAUCUGGUAAACUUACCUCUGAGCAAUUCGACGCUAAAGUCAGACCUGAACUUAUGUUGGGUCCUGAUGAAGUAUAA